AUGGGACCCUCAUCAUCCCCCGAAGAUCUCGUCCAGCUCCUCAGCAAGCUGUCGGUUGGCCGCGAUUUCAGACGCCGACCCAGGGGCUGCCCGCGACCUGGCGUCCUACAGCUAUCCAACGGCACAGACAUACACAACCUUACCGUUCCCACCGACGAGCUUUCAGGAAGACGCUUUGAGAAAAAGACAUACGACACAUUGCCCAGGAUCUACUACCAACCUCAACUCCCCAUGCCUCCGCGCCCAGCAGGUCUCUGUUAUCCCGGGAACAACGACUUCAUCGGACUUCCGACCAUCUCUUCACUUUUGGCUCUUCCAAGAGUAUUUCCCGCCCAUCAAGGGUUUACCGAGUGCAGCUCGCCCGUAAUCGAGCAUGUCAAGUACUCAGGCUAUGCGGCCCUGGGCUUCUGUGUGAGAGAUGCCCGUGUUGACCCAGCUACCACGGUCCCUCCUUGUACCCUAGACCCCCAACUGGCGCACAACGGAGUGGUACGAACAUGCGCCGACCGUACCCAUCUCGAGCCACACAAGUUGUGCGGUCACUGCAGCGAUCAAAGCAGACUGCUAGUGCUCAACGGCCUACCGGAAUGGUUCACGAACGACCAGAUCGCAAAAUCGCGCGCCUUCCUUUGCGCGCCUUGUUCGGCGCAGGAGGCACAACAGGAAUCUCGCUGGGCCGAAGCCGAAGCGGCACUGGGACGGGACCCGGAGCACCUGGAGAACCUCAAGAAAGGUUAUGAGCAUGGAGCCAUUACCGAGAACAUGAUGCGCUACCACGACAACACAUCAUUCCCUGUCGCGACGCCUCCCACUUCGGACUCGCUGGCGCAAGCUCUUGCCGACAAUGCUCCCAGUAUGUUUCGAACAGCCAAGAAGCUUUUCCGAUGCUCCUGCAAGAAACUGGUCACGGCGGAUCUAUGUUUCGGCCACAGGCUGCUCAGGGCGGACCAAUUCCUUGAGCAAGUUCGUCGCAUGAACGAGUGGGUCCAGUUCCGCUUCAGUCUGAGCGAGCGGGACUACAAGCCGUGUCCCAAGUGCAUGGCUCGUCCCGGCGUCGACGCCCACAACUUCCAAAACAGAGAGGGAGGGGCAGAUCUAAACACCAUUCAUUGGAUCUGUAUGUGUUGCCAGGAGACGGUCUCGAUGCCGCGCUAUGAGUUCUUCCAACAAGAUGGUGGUCUUGGCCAAGAGAAGAACGACAAAAGGUUGGCGGAGCUUUUGGGAGGACUCGGAUUAGGAAACAUCUGAUUGCCGAUGGUUGUUGGACGGACGUUGAGGAAG